AUGGCCACCGAGUUUGACUUCGUUAUCGUUGGCGGCGGCACGGCCGGACUAGUGUUAGCCGCCCGUCUGUCCGAAGACCCCAACACUCAGGUCCUUGUCAUGGAAGCUGGCGAAGACCUGGCUAACGACCCCCGUGUUAACAUCCCCGGCAUGUGGACGCAGCUGCAGAGCGGCGCCACGGACUGGCAGCUCAAGAGUGUUCCUCAGGACUCCUUAAAUGGCCGCUCAGUGCCCAUCGCACAGGGCCGACUCCUCGGCGGUUGCAGCGCCCUCAACGCCAUGAACUUUGUCGUCCCAGCCAAGGAGGAUCUCGAUGCCUGGGCCGAACUCGGCAACCCGGGUUGGGACUGGGACGGCUUCUCCCGAUACCUCAACAAGACCCACAAGAAGGGAAUAACAGAUGGAAAUAAGCUGGACGAUGAUGAUGGCACGAUCCAGGUCAACAUUCCCAAGGAAGAGACCAAGUGGCCGCAGGUCUGGCGUGAUACCUGGGCCGGCCUGGGUUAUCCCACUGACAAUGACCCCUAUUCGGGCGAUAUUCAUGGUGCGGUCACAUACCCCGAUGCUAUCCACCCCGAGGCCAAAACCAGGAGCUAUGCAGGUAAUGAUUACCUCGGCCUUGCCCGUGGUCGGGCCAACCUUACCGUCUGGACCGGGGUACCGGUGGACAAGAUCCUAUUUGACAACACUACCAAGGAUGCGGCCGUGGCAACGGGCGUGCGGUACACUACCAAAGAUGGUAACACUUCGUCCGUGAGAGCACGCAAGGAAGUCGUCCUAUCAGCUGGGGUGUUCCACUCUCCCAAGCUGCUCGAGCUCUCGGGCAUCGGUAACGCCCAGCUUCUCCAGUCCCUCGGCAUCGAUGUGGUUGUCGAUAACCCUAGCGUCGGUGAGAACCUGCAGCACCAUCCGCUCAGUGUGCAUUCCUUCGAAACCGUCCAAGACGGCCAGCCAGGCUUUGAAACUAUGGAUGCCCUCGUCCGCCAGGAUCCCGACGCCAUCGCCGCGGCAGUCAACGCGUACAAGACGACCCAGAGCGGGCCGCUCUCUCGCUCCAACUGCAACACCAUGGCCCAUCUCCCGUUCCCGGGCCUCGACACUGAAGCAGGUAAACACGAUGCCCAGUCCAUCGUCAAGACUCUCACCCAGUCCGAGACCAAGUACCCUAUCGGGAACAGCGACAACGAUACCUACACCAGCGCCGCAACCGCCCUCGCCACUCGCAGCUUAACCGACCCUUCCUCUGCCUCAGGCUACUACGUCUUCAUCCCCUGCCCCGCCGGCCCCCCGGAGCCGACAACCCCCGGAUCCGUACCCAAAACCCACAUCACCAUCGCCACACUCCUCACCCGCCCUCUCUCGCGGGGCUCAACCCACAUCACCAGCGCAGAAAAAGCCAAACCCCCCGUCAUCGACCCGCGCUACCUAUCCCAUCCCGCCGACAUCGCCACGCUCGCCCGGCACGUCCGCUUCAUCCGCAAGACCCUGACCAACCAACCCCCGCUCGCCGACCGGCUUGUCCGCAACACCACUGCUGAUGAUGACGACACUCCGAAAAAAGACACCGACAAGGAUGACCUAGACCUAGACAGGCUCACCACGAGGCUCCGCGAUACAGCGGCCGCUUCGACACUGUACACCAGCACGUGCGCUAUGAUGCCGCGGGCGAUGGGCGGCGUGGUGGAUUCGGAGUUGAGGGUGUAUGGGACGCGGAAUUUGAGGGUGGUGGAUGCGAGUGUGAUGCCGUUUAUUACGAGGGGGGAUACGAUGGCGACGGUGUAUGGGAUUGCGGAGAAGGCGGCUGAGAUCCUUGGCCGAGAGUAG